AUGGCUGAGGACUUCGAGGCCCAGACUCCAAGGAAAUCUACUGACUUGUCACGAAUCUUAAAAUUGAAGUUCGGAAUAGAGAAGACUGACUACUCUGUUUCCAUUUACAUUGGAGAGUUUUUUGGUACUUUCUUCUUCUUCUUGUCUGCAUUUUUGAUUGCAUCCUCUGCUAAUAAUAUCUUGCACGUUGGUGGAGAGAAUGCCCGUCUUUUGGUUAUUGCUAUUGGAUUUGGUUUCUCUUUAUUCGUUGCUGCUUCUUGCUUUGGAUUUUUGUCUGGUGGCCACUAUAAUCCUGGAGUCUCCUGUGGCUUAUUUUUAACUGGUCAAAUUUCUUUGCUUAGAUUCUUUUUAGAAAGUGUAACCCAAAUCAUUUCUGGUAUGUGUGCUGCUGGUGCUGCAUCCGCUAUGAUUGCUGGUCCUAUUACUUUCGCCAACAUCAAACAACCUGACGUCUCAGUAACAAGAGGUCUCUUUUUGGAAGCUACAGGUAUUUGUCUUUUGAACUUAGCUGUCUUCAUGACCAACGAGCCAUUUAAGAUUGGUUUCUCUUUAUUCCUUGGACACUUGUUCUGUGUGGAUACUACGGGUGCUGGUAUCAAUCCAGCAAGAGCUUUUGGUCCAUGUGUGGCUGCUCGUUCAUUUCCAGGCUACCAUUGGAUAUACUGGAUUGGGCCGAUCAUUGGAGCAAUUGUCUCCGCUGCGAUUUAUGAUAUUACAGAAAUUGCCGCAGUAAAAACUGAUCCAAACUAUAAAAAAGAUAUCAAAUCUGAAUGA